AAGCGAAAUACUUAUUCAUUUGCGACUUCUACCUUAUUGGUGUUGUGAUAUCCAAAAACGAAGAGGAUGAGAGGCUCUCUGUUGCUGCUGUUCAUACUGACAGCUUAUAUCCAGGCUCUGUGUGCGUCAGACAGUUGCCGUGAGGAGGCGGCUCGUCUGCGGGAGCGGGAGAAUCUUCUGAAGGGCCAACUUCAGAAACAAGAGCUCCUUCUACACAGAUUACAGCUCCUGAACCAGCCUCGCAACAACAAAGUCAGAAGUGACCAGAGCCAGGACAAACAGUAUGCAGACUGCUCCCAGGUCUUCAGCGCUGGCCACAAAUCCAGUGGUUUAUACAGAAUCAAAGCCAAUGACAGCCCUUCUCCAGUCCAAGUGUACUGUGAUAUGAGCGAAGGAGGUGGUUGGACGGUCAUACAGAGACGGCUCAGCGGAGCUCGGACAUUUAACAGGUCAUGGGAAGAGUACAAGAAUGGUUUUGGGGACAUGGAUGCAGAAUUUUGGCUAGGAAAUGACAACCUGCAUUACAUCACCGAACAAGGGAAUUAUACUCUGAGAAUCAACUUGGAAGAUUUCGAUGGUAACCAGCGCUACGCUGAGUACAAGAACUUCAGAGUCGCGGAUGAAAAGGAUCACUAUCGCCUUAGCUUUGGAGUCUAUGUAGGUACAGCUGGAGAUGCUCUUUCUGGAACCUAUCAGGUUGGGGUUUCAGACUGGGCCAGUCACCAAGGCAUUAAAUUUAGCACCUAUGACCAGGACAACGAUAACUACAAGGGAAACUGUGCCGAAGAAGACAAAGGAGGCUGGUGGUUUAACAAGUGUCACUCAGCCCAUCUCAAUGGCAAGUACUAUCCCAGUGGGUACUACAACUCUGUAACAGAUGAUGGUGUAGUUUGGUACACUUGGAGAGGAUGGUGGUACUCGCUGAAAACCAGCAUCAUGAAGCUGAGACCCACUGCCUUCGAAAUUGAUCCCAUUGAUGACCCCAAUGUGGUUCAUCGCAGCCCCGAUUCACAGGCCGAAGAAGAUCUCAAAUCAAUUGUGGGCAGAAACUAAUUAGCAAAAAGUACUUUUACAGUACUACUGUAAACAUUUUUUCCUGUGUUAUUGGACUAUAUCUUAAUGGUAAAUGGCAAGAAGAGAAGUAAAAAGUGGAUUGACUUGAAUUCAUUAUUUUUCCUAUACUGGUAUUGGGAAUAUAAAAAUAAACAACCCUUCUGUAGCUUAUCUUAGUAGGAGAUGCUUAUGAAAUGCCUGUUUUAUAGCUCCAUGUUGCAAGAGGAAGUAGAAUGCACACACAGCUGUCUGUUUUGGUGGAGAAAAGGGGAAUCUGAUGUCAGUGUGUGUGCCAGACACAGGCGCAAACGUUGAACUGAAAGGAGCCAUUAUCAUGUCACUGAAAAUAGUUGUAAGAGGAGUUGAUGUUGUCAUAAAGUCAUACAGACAGAGAAGAUAGACAACAUAGCACUGAAACCAAUGCUAUUUCUUUGGCACACACAAAUAGAGGCUUAAAAAUACUAUGCAUGGACUGUCUUCCACUUACAGGCUGUGGACACACUGUCAGCUCCAUAUCCCUCUUAUUUGAAUUAUAACCAUGAUUCCAGAAAUAAAACAUGCAAAUCCUCCCUGUUAUUUCAUAAUGCUGAAUU